AUGCAGAUGUUUUUGAUUAUCUUUAUACUGUUUGGUUGGGGAAGUUCACCUAUUCCAUUAGAUUCGGUUGAUGCUUUUUGGAGAAAGCUUGAUUUGACGCCUUCUAUAUCUGUGGAAUAUGGUGAUCUUAAUGUUGAUCAUCGUAUGCAAAGGUUUAAAGAGAUAUACAACACUCAACCAGAUCAUAUCAAAUAUAAUUAUUUAAGGAGAAUGGAUGAGAUAACUGAUCCAUCAACGAAUUUGAUCAAUGAACCUUUGGUUAAGAAAAAUAACCGUGGACGCCCAAAAAUAAAGCGUGUCCAACAUCAAAGUCAAGCUACUCACAGAUACAGUUGUUCAGACUUAAACCAGGAGCCACCAUGGUAUAGUUCAUCCUUUAUGGACUUGAACGAUGAUCCGGCCAGACAUAGUUCAUUCGUCAUGGGUUCACUUAAACGAGGAACCACUAGGGCAGUGUUCAUACCAGACAGACAUGAACGAGGAUCCGAUAGGCCAAUGUUCAUACAAGAUUGA